AUUGGACCAAUCUCGCAUUUAAAAAUCGUAAUGUAAAUUCUUCUUAAAGUGAUUAUUUCCAAUCUAACAUACUGUGGUAUUCUGUGGCAUAAACAUCAAUAAGCGCACGCGUAAAGACAUACUUCUCGGGGGUGAGUCUGGGGUGAGUCUGGGGUGAGUCUACAUAGGAUGGAAGAAAAUGUAUAUACGUAGCCGCGGACGAUUGCACAGUGAGCAUGAUUUUAACGUGCUCGUCGACAAAUCUGUUUACUGAUGCGAUUUCUCAGAUUGUAAUUUGAAAGAUUGUAAUUUGAAGAAUAACGCCACGCUUACUCGUAUCUGUUCCAGUUAAACGAGGUUAAAUAAUGUAACAUCUCGAUAGGGGUUUACAAUUACGAUGGACGUUCACGGCGCCGGAGUGGUUGCCGUUUUAGGCACUGUCGGAGCUGCUACUGGAGCAAUCUCGGCUGUAAUUGUCUAUACUAUUUGCGCACGUCGCCGACGAUUACCGCUGCUUACUUCUGCCGGAGGACCGCUCAACUGGUUUGAAAGAGAUUUGUUGGACAGAGCCGAAGAAGCAGCUAGAUCAUCGAAGGAUGUUUUGGUUGGUGUUGCGCUUUCCCGAGAUAACAAAAUUAUCAGGCAUAGUAAUAGUCAUUCAGAUGAUGACGAAUGGCAGUCCGAUCAUGUAUUUGAUAGUAUUGCCAGUGAUUCUCCUAGAAAAGUUAUACAACAUCUGUCAGAAUCAGAUGACAUUCCUCCAUCACCUCUAAGUCCGCUUGCACCACCUCUUCCAGAAGGUGCGGUGGCUGCAUCUGAAAAGCGCAUGAUAAUUGUUCGACCAUCACUGCGGAGUAUAGACGGAUCUCAUUCCAGAUUGAACAGUGUCGAAAUCGAGUCAGCCCCACGACAUAAGCUCUCAUCAUCUUCUUCUUCAACUUCAACGUCUGAUGAAAUUAGAGGUGAAUUAAAAUUAGGAUUGAUUUACGAUUCUAACGCUGGAAUACUCACCGUGAGACUUAUCGAGGCACAUGAUCUUCGUGCUCGGGAAUUGAGUGGUAUUGCGGAUCCUUAUGCUAAGAUACGUUUGCUGCCUGAUCGAAGCAACGUAUGGCAAACCACAAUACACAGGCGUACUCUGAAUCCUGUAUUCGAUGAAGACUUUGUUUUCGAAGUAACGCCUUCAUCAUCAUUGGCUGGAAGAACGUUGGAAGUUCUGCUCUACGAUUUCGAUGCAUUUACGAGGCACCGUGGUUUGGGUUACGUGCAGCUUCCCCUAUCUUCUGUGCCAGAUCUUGGAGCAAAUUUAAUCACUAUUACAAAACCGGUUUUGCGAUACGGAGUGGAAGGUGGUUUUAAAGCACCCCCUCUGGGAGAGUUGAUGAUUUCUGUUUCAUAUCAACCAUCUAUAGAAAAACUGACGAUUAUCGUUGUCAGGGCCCGAAAUUUACCCGUUCUCGACGAUCCCGCAAACGCGAAUCCAUAUGUAAAGGUAUCACUUAUCCAGGACGGCAAGAGUCUUAAGAAGAAAAAGUCGGGUAUACAACGUGAAGCAACAAGUCCCGUGUGGAAUGAUAUCCUUAGCUUUGAUGUAAGCAACGACGUGUUACCAAAGUGCGUAUUACAAUUCUCUGUGUUGCGAGGUAACGACGAUCUCUUAGCAAAAUGCGAAGUAUCCGACUCGUGCCAAAGAGAAUUGUUUCAACGUAUAUUAUCCGGGAAGGGCGCUUCGGCACAAUGGUUACCGUUGUCAGAACCAGAUCAGCAACGCGGUGAUCACAGCGAAUCGAAAGAUUAAAGCAUCGAAAGGAGAAAGAUUAUUAAAAUAUAAAAUAUAUAAUAUAUAUAGAAAUGUGUCGUUGACAGUAUCGUAAUUGCUUUGACAAAUGGAACAUAAAUUGCUUUUAGAGAAAGAUCAUAAAUCUAAAAAAUGCAAUCUCUUUUAUUUUCGAAUAGGAUAAAAUGGAGCAGACUGAUAAAUUCCAAGUAUAUGUUACUCGUAUAGUACAAACCUUGCAAGUACAUUGAAGCAAUGUAAUUGCAAAAUUUUAUACUGUAAAGGUAUAUAUCUUUGGAAAACAAUGCAAGUUGAAUUAUCAUGUAUUACCUGUACCUGUAACUGUACCUGUUUCGUAGUAUUAUUGUGGCAUAUAAAAUGCGAUUAUAAAUCUUAUGUUAAGCUUGCUUGAAUAUCAUAUUUUUAGAAGAUAUACUUUUUAGAGAGAAUUUCAAGUUAGCUAUGUUUCUUUCUUUCGUAAGCACAUUAAAAUAAAAGCUUAGUCUACUUUUGAUCAUCAUCAAAAAUAGAAGCUUUCGAUGUGCCAAUGAAAAAAAGAGAACAAACUGUUGUCCCUUUUGUCUUUCCACUCGCUUAUGCCAGGCUUAUAUUAAAAGACGUAUUCUCGGUAAGAAAUCUGACUUUGUAUAUAAUGCAGUAGUACUCCCAUGGCACGUGGAAUUCAUAUUACAGUUAUACACAUGAGAAUAUAAAUAUUCUAUUAUAUAAAUUUGCAAUGAAUUAGGACAAUUCAGGCAUUGUAUCUAAAUAAUCGUGCAUUGUGACUGUUAGUAAGAAAUCUGUAAUUAUAUUUUUAUGGAUUAAUUUAUUGUAUGUGCCAUUAUUUACUUUAUAAUUUUCACGUGUCAAACUUGAUUUUCAAUCAUAAUGCACAAAUUUUAUAUUAUACAAAUCCUAAAUUAUGCAUUACGACUCAAAACUGAGUUAAACUUUGUUUAACUCAAAGAGAAUUUAAGAUAUAACACUAAAAGAUUAAUUUAUAUAAUAAAUUAUUAAUAUAUUGUUUUUUUAUUAAUUAUGAUGAAUAAACAGCUAGAUACACAUCACGAUUUGAUGCAACCUACAAAUUUAGUGGGAUUACUACCAAUCUACCGUCUAAUGUAGUGUAAAAGCACAAAUAUGUAAUCGAGUUAGAUUACUAAAUAAGUUCUAAUAAACGUACAAGUUGACGUAUGUGUGUAAUGCAAAUGUAAUAUAUAGUAGGAUGUGAUUUACAAAAGAAAAAUAGAGAAAGUAAAUUCUCAUUAUUUGUGAUCUCUUUUCUAUGGUUAAAAAGAAAGUAUAUAUCUUUUAUCAAAAUGUUUUAUUGUUUAUUGUACAAUAUAACUGUACAUACAUAAAAGGAAUGGACCAACACGAUUCUUGAAUUUAGUCGAA